AUGUCUUCCGCGAGGAAUAACGCAGGAAACUUCGCCAAUCUUCCCGCGGGGGAAGUACGAGCAAUUGCCUCAAAGGGUGGUGGAGUCUCCUGGGAACACCACCGGCACCGGCAAUAACGCGACGAGUUGCCAGGUCGUGGGAACCCAGGAAACUUUGCGAACCGCCCCAAGGAGGAGGUCGGAGAGAUCGCAUCU